AUGUCUGUGCGCUUCUCUUCAGCAUCCCGACGAGUGGGCUCCGUGAGACUCUCAAGUGGAGGGUCAGGGUUGGGGGCUGUAAACACAUGUGGUAUGCCGGGCAUAGGAAAUGGCUUCUCGUGUGCCUUCGGGGGCAGCUCGUCAGCUGGAAGCUAUGGUGGAGGGCUGGGGAGUGGAAGUGUUCCUUGUUCUACCUUCACCAGCAAUGAACAUGGCCUCCUGUCGGGCAAUGAGAAGGUGACCAUGCAGAACCUCAAUGACCGCCUGGCCUCUUACCUGGAGAAUGUCCAAGCACUAGAGGAAGCCAAUGCUGACUUAGAGCAGAAGAUCAAGGACUGGUAUGAGAAAUUUGGACCUGGUUCUUGCCGAGGUCUUGACCAUGACUACAGCAGAUACUUUCCAAUCAUUGACGAUCUUAGAAACCAGAUAAUUACUGCAACUACAAGUAAUGCCAACAUUGUCCUACAAAACGAUAAUGCAAGACUGACAGCUGAUGACUUCAGACUCAAGUUUGAAAAUGAGCUGGCCCUUCACCAGAGCGUGGAGGCCGACAUCAACGGCUUGCGCAGAGUCCUGGAUGAGCUGACCUUGUGCAGAACUGACCUGGAGGUCCAGCUGGAAACGCUCACCGAGGAACUGGCCUACCUCAAGAAGAACCACGAGGAGGAGAUGAAGGCGCUGCAGUGCGCGGCGGGCGGCAACGUGAACGUGGAGAUGAACGCGGCGCCCGGCGUGGACCUCACCGUCCUGCUGAACAACAUGCGGGCCGAGUACGAGGCGCUGGCCGAGCAGAACCGCAGGGAUGCCGAGGCCUGGUUCAACGAAAAGAGCGCCUCCCUGCAGCAGCAGAUUUCCGACGACGCUGGGGCCACCACCUCGGCCAGGAACGAGCUCACCGAGAUGAAACGGACGCUCCAGACCCUGGAGAUUGAACUCCAGUCCCUUCUAGCCAUGAAACAAUCCCUGGAGUGCUCCUUAGUGGAGACAGAGGGCAACUACUGCACGCAGCUGGCCCAGAUCCAGGCUCAGAUCGGAGCCCUGGAGGAGCAGCUGCACCAGGUCAGGACCGAGACCGAGGGCCAGAAGCUGGAGCACGAGCAACUGCUGGACAUCAAGGCCCACCUGGAGAAGGAGAUCGAGACCUACUGCCGCCUGAUAGAUGGAGAUGACAGCUCUUGUUUUAAAUCAAAAGGUCAAGGAGGACCUGGAAAUCAGAUCAAAGACUCACCUAAAAUGGCCAUCGUUAAAACAGUGGUUGAAGAAUUCGAUCCUCGUGGCAAAGUGCUCUCAUCCAGAGUCCACGCGGUGGAGGAGAAACCCACCAAAGCCAACAAGAGUGAGCAGCGAGUACCUGCUUGA